AUGAAAUCAUUGAAAAAUGAUCGAUAUUGGACUUUAACAGUUCAUUCAACAUUAAAUUUAUUUGCUGCUGCUGAAGUACGAAAAGAUGUUAGUAGACAAUUUCAAAUUACAAUCAAAGAUCAUUUGAUGGAAAAGCAUGAUGCACAUUCACCAAAAUUAUUUUAUCCAGCAGUUGGAUUUAAAUUAGAAAAAUUCGUUGUACGUUGUGAAAUCGCUUAUCGUUUAACAAAAAAUGGAAAGUUUCAAGAUCAACAAUGA